AUCAUCAUACACAUAUUUUUUCUUCCAAAUAUAAUUCCAUUACUCUUUCUAUCUCUAGCCUGCGAAAGCUAGGCGGUGGAGUGUGUCACGGAAACCGAGGAAGGGAAGUGAUGGGAGUAAUUAAAAGCGCCCCGGAAUAAGAAAAAGGAGUUGUCAGUCGUUUGGGAGGCCGCAGAAAUGUGGCAGAAAUCUAAAAUGUCUCGUGCUUACCAAUACUUUUCAGUUUGCAUAAGGGCGAUAGGCUUUCAAUUGGUUCAAGGUUCGAGCCCCACAAAUUCUACUGUAGAUAUUGAGGCUUUUAGGAUUUUGGGUUAUCUUUCUCGUCUUCCUACCUCGUCCUGCGCUACUGCUGUUAAGAUUUGAGCGAUCUUUUUAUACUCCACUUUUUUUUCCGUUCUUUCUUUUCAUUUCCACGUCUCGUCGUCUACAUACAGACGGCGCUGCAGUUGUAAUUACUGUCCGAAGGUGUACAUCCGACGGCUACGGUAGUUGCUUAAUUCGCGGAGAAUAUUCACCACCUUUCGAUUGGGCAAAAAGUCUCGGGGUAACUUAAAAAGGAUGUGUGAUCUGCGAUGUGUAACGUUUUUAGCUGUACGAGGAGAAGCCAAAUCCAUCGGUGACCUUUUUAGUUUGUGGUAGAGGUGAGGAGAUUUUGAGUCUCGGGUGUUUUCUCAAGGUCGGGAGUUCGAUUCACUGGAAACAGAAAGAAAGCCUUUGAGCCAAAUUUAGUCGCAGGGCCUAUUUGUGCAUAGCGUUUUAACCCGCGAAGCUCAUGUUGUUUGGUAUUGUGUCUUGUUUACUGGAUUUCUUCCGCGAGGCGAGUAGUCUGAAUACAGCUGGAGGUUGGGUGUUCAAGUUUCAGGGUCGGUUGAAUUGUGCUGGCUGUGUUACUUUUUCAAUGAGCGCAAUGGGAUGCCGAUGUCUGCUGUUGAGGUUUUGACUGUAGAAGCACUGAAAUAUGCAUGUGUUAAAAUUCUUUUGGUGCGCUUCAUGCUACUUGGUUUCCGUUCCGUUCUGUGAUGCUGAAAGGUCACGAGUUCAAGACUCGCUAUUUGCAGGCUUGAAUUGAGCGGUCUGUGAGCGCAGUAGUACGGCAUUUGUGGCAUCGCAGGUGCACAAACUACGGUUAAAGUGAAUAUUUGGCCGUAGAUUUGGAGUUGGAGCCCCAGUCCAGGCGUUUGCGUUUGUAAAGCUAAUGGGAUGUGUCAAUCCAAGUGGAUGAAGAUGGAGGAGAACAAGGGCGGCAUGGACGGCAGCCUGGACGGUGGCGAGGACAAGAAGAAGAAUUGCAGCAAUGUUAAUGGCAACGGCAACGGCAACGGCUGGCCUUACGCAAGUAGCAGAAACCGUGGAAACAGGAUUAUUGCGGGCUUGUCAUCGUGGCCGCAGGCAGUCGACGGGUUUCUGAGCGGUCGAAUAGGUGGGAAAUGGUACAGGAUAAUGGUGCUCCUGUGGCUCAUUGUGGGGACCUCCGUGGCCGCCUGGACGUUUUACUCCAUGUCAAGGGAAAUCUCACGCCGCCGCCAUGAGAGUCUGGUUAAUUUGUGCGUGGAGAGAGCCAAAAUGCUGCAAGACCAGUUUGUUGCUAGCAUGAAUCAUGUUCGGGCUUUGACCGUACUCGUGUCUACCUUCCAUUUGGAGAUGACUCCUUCAGUUCUAUACCAGGAAGUAUUUGCGGCAUAUACAGCUCGAACGGCUUUCGAGAGGCCGCUGAUGAGCGGGGUGGCGUACGCUCAGCGUGUUAUGCAGUCGGAACGGGAAGAAUUUGAGAGAUUACAGGGAUGGAAAGUACGGCAUAUGUAUACGAAGGAGGUGCAGCCUACGCAAGAGGAGUACGCUCCCGCCGUAUUUUCUCAGGAGACGGUGUCGUAUCUCAUAUCGCUGGACAUGAUGUCUGGACAGCACGAUCGUGAGAAUAUUUUGAGGGCGCGCGAGUCUGGCAAGGGAGCGUUGACAACCCCGUUCAAGCUUCUCGAUUCCAGCCAUUUGGGGGUUGUUUUUACUUUCGCUGUUUACAGUAAAGAACUUCCUCCACACGCCACACCGCAAGAGCGAACGGAAGCCACCGUGGGGUAUUUAGGUGGAGCAUUUGAUGUGGAAUCAUUGGUAGAAAAUUUGCUUCAUCAGCUUGCUGGAAACUUGGGCAUUAUUGUUAAUGUGUAUGAUACAACAAAUAAAUCUGAUCCUGUACUGAUGUAUGGCUCAGAAAAUAUUCAAAAUAAUGUCUUGAAUGGCCACCAUAUUUGUGAAUUGGACUUUGCAGACCCUGAUAGAAACCAUGAGAUGCACUGCAGCUUCUCUGAUGCCCCGCAAUAUUCAUUUUCAGUCAUCAGAACAUCUGCUGGCAUUUUUGUUAUUGUAGUUCUAGUUGGACAUAUUUUGUUUGCAGCCAUAAAUCGUAUCAAAAAGGUUGAAGAGGAUUUCAGGAAAAUGCAAGAACUUAAGGCCCGUGCUGAAGCAGCUGAUGUGGCAAAGUCUCAGUUCCUUGCUACAGUUUCACAUGAGAUUCGUACACCAAUGAAUGGUGUUCUUGGUAUGCUUCAAAUGCUCAUGGAUACAAACUUGGAUGCUACACAGAAGGACUAUGCUCAAACAGCACAGUCAAGUGGAAAAGCUUUGAUAACAUUAAUAAAUGAAGUUUUGGACCAGGCAAAGAUUGAAUCUGGACGCCUUGAACUUGAGACAGUGGCUUUCAAUAUACGUUCAGUCCUUGACAGUGUUCUGUCUCUCUUUUCUGCUAAAGUUCAAGCAAAAGGCAUUGAGCUAGCAGUAUUUGUAUCUGAAAGAGUUCCUGAGGUUGUCAUUGGUGAUCCUGGGAGGUUUCAGCAGAUCAUCACCAACCUUGUCUGCAAUUCUGUCAAAUUUACAAUGAAAGGUCACAUCUUUAUAUGUGUACACCGUGCAGAGGAGGUCAGCAUGCUCACACAGUGGCUUUCUAGCUCUAAAAAAUCCAUUGAAGAUCCUGCUUUGCAUAAUUCCGACACCCUUAGUGGUUUAGAGGCUGCAGAUGGGAGAAAUAACUGGGAAUCGUUUAAGUUGUUAUUUAACAGCGAAGCUAUAUUUUUAGAGUCUGAUGGAAAAGUGAAGUUCCCUAAGCUAACGGAUGAUGUAAAGCUAGCAGUUAGUGUAGAAGAUACAGGGAUUGGGAUUCCCAUUCAUGCACAACAUCGAGUUUUCACACCUUUUAUGCAGGCAGACAGCUCCACUUCUCGGACACAUGGGGGGACAGGAAUUGGUCUUAGUAUUAGUCGCUGCUUGAUCGAGUUAAUGGGUGGUGAGAUUAGAUUUAUAAGCCGUCCAGGUGUUGGAAGUACAUUUUCAUUCACUGCUUUGUUAAAAGUGGGACAGGAGAACAGAGAAAGUGGUGAUAUAUUACUAGGAUCUGCAAAGCUAACGAGUCAGUUUAGAGGAAUGAAGGCACUUGUAUUGGAUGGGAAGCCAGUGCGGUCUCUGGUAACAAAGCAUCAUUUGCAGAGGUUUGGGAUAGAGGUCAAAACAGUCACUAGUUCUCAAUUAGCUUUGUCUAUGCUGAAUGGAAUGGAUGGUUUUCCAACAGAGAGUUACGGGAAUGACUGUGUCAAAGAUGGGAUAGACAUGGUCCUAAUAGAGAAGGAUGCUUGGGGUCCUGGAACGGGCCUAUUAUUCCCAUCUGAAGUAAGAGCUGGUCUCUUUCCAAGAGGACCCUUUCUACAAUCAAAAGGAUUACUUAAGAUUAUUCUCUUGGCAACAUCUUUGACACCUGAAGAAACUCAAAAAGCGAAAGCUGCAGGGUUCGCUGAAACAGUUAUUAUGAAGCCAUUACGUGCCAGCAUGCUGGCAAUUUGCUUACAGCUAGCGCUUGGCUUCAAGAGGAGAGAGCAUCUAAUAGAACCUUCAAAGCCCUCAGUCCCCCUUUCUAGUGUCUUGUCUGGCAAAUGCUUACUUGUUGUAGAUGACAACAUUGUCAACCGCCGAGUGGCUGCUGGUGCACUGAAGAAGUACGGUGCUAAUGUUACUUGUACAGACAGUGGAAAAUCUGCAAUUUCUCUUCUUCAGCCGCCACACAAUUUUGAUGCAUGUUUCAUGGAUGUUCAAAUGCCAGAAAUGGAUGGGUUUGAGGCCACCCGGCAGAUUAGAGCGGCAGAGCUUUUCAACAUGGAGCGCAAAAGCAACUGUGGUGAAAUGCAGGUUGUUCACAGCAAAAGGUGGCAUGUACCGAUCCUAGCAAUGACAGCAGACGUUAUCCAGGCAACUCAUGAGGAAUGCCUGCGAUGUGGCAUGGAUGGAUACGUGUCCAAGCCCUUUGAAGAGGAACAAUUGUACAAAGCCUUAGCUCCAUUCUUUGACAAAUCAUCAAUUCCAUAGCAUCAAUAUCAUGGGGAUGUGCCACUAAGUCUUUUGUAGGAGGUUGCACAGGGCUUUGGCUCCAUUUUUUGAUAAUUAAUUGUUAGUAAGAGUCCUAAAGUUUUACCUUUUUAAGUAUUCUUAAGAUCUCCCAUGUAUUAUAGUAGAAUGGGACGGUCUGCUCUUUCACUGGUUACAGUUGCUUACAGACUUUGCAACUUGGAGGAUAAAAUUGCAUUUGUAAAUUGAAAUUAGGCUGGUUUGAACUCUAAUCGCUUCACUCCCAAUGAUUCCUAUACUCUGCAAGUUUCAAUCCAUGUUACGUUUGCAUGCUCCCUGUCAUAUAUCAUACCUACAAAGAAAUAAAAUUAAGGCGUACGGAAAUCGAUUCACAAGUC